GCCUCCUCUUGUGGGCAGGGCUCGCGAGCUUCCCUCUAUUUCCGCUCGUGGCCGAGGUGUUUGUGCCUGGAGGUGGUUUCGACUUGUUUAGGGUUUGUACAGAAGUGUAGUUAGAAGUCCCUUGAAGUGGAACUGCUUCCAAGGCAUUCAUGAUGAGUCUCCAGUGGGCAGCUGUGGCCACUUUUCUGUAUGCAGAAGUCCUUCUUGUUUUUCUUCUGUGCAUACCCUUUAUUUCUGCAACGAGGUGGCAGAAGAUCUUCAAGUCUCGCUUGGUGCAGCUUCUGGUGACAUAUGGAAACACUUUCUUUGUUGUGCUUAUAGUCAUCCUUGUUCUGUUGUUCUUUGAUGCCAUUCGCGAGAUCCGGAAAUAUGAUGAUGUGACCGAGAAAGUGAACCUGCAGAACAAUCCUGGGGCUGUGGAGCAUUUUCACAUGAAGCUCUUCCGAGCCCAACGGAACCUCUACAUUGCUGGCUUCUCAUUGUUGAUGUCCUUUCUGCUGAGACGCCUCAUCACCCUAAUCUCCCAGCAUGCCACCAUCCUGGCCUCUAACGAAGCCUUCAAGAAACAGGCAGAAGGAGCGAGUGAUGCUGCCAAGAAAUACAUGGAGGAGAACGACAAAUUAAAGAAGGAGCUGAAGGCAGCAGGAGUGGAAGUAGCGGAUCUGGACACCAAAGGAGCUGACGUUGAGGAAGACAACAAAGCCCUGAAGGCUGAAGUCAAGGAGCUGAAGGAAGAACUGGCCUCCACCAAGAGAGUUUUGGAGAAGGCCAAGAGCGAGGCACUGGCCAUGCGCAAGCAGGCUGAAGGACUGACCAAGGAGUAUGACCGGCUGCUGGAGGAACACGCCAAGCUUCAGGCUUCUUGCGAUGGCCCAAGAGACAAGAAGGAAGAAUGAGUCUCAUACCAGUGAUUCUGCCCAGUCUCCAUCUGGCUCUGUUUUGCAGUGCAUUAAUCUUUUUUUUAAGGGGGCCUCUACACCGCUCCCUCACAUCCCGGGCUUGGUUUUGAGGGGUGUACUCAUCCUACCGUUCUCUCCUCUCCCUCCUCUGUCUUCCUACACAAUCCUGAUGCCAUAGCUUUUGAGUCCAGUGCUAACUCGUCCCCUCACCCCUCCUUCUCCUGCCCUUGCUGUAUCCUAGGUAAGAGGCUGGCAAUGUGAAAUAUUAUUGGCCUGAUCUGCAUCCCAGGGGAUUUUUUCCAACAGGAGUGGGGAGGCAGAUGGGGCUGGGCUACUAGGCCAAGGCACACUGGGGAGUGCUGUGUGACAGUCGACUGACUGUCUCAGGACGCACGCUUGCUGCUGCCCCCCGUUUUUCAGUGGUGCCUGCUCCCCUGGGCUCUGGGCAUCCCUCUGCCCCGUCCAAAGUGUAAGAAAAUAAGUGGGGCAUGUCCCGUGAUGCCCAGGUGCUCCUGAUGAUAAUGCCUGGGCAUGAGGGGAAAGACCUGCUCUGUAUCUGCGUUAUUUUAUAUUUACAGACACAGUGGCUGUACAAAGCUUCUCAUUAAAUCUAUGGAGUAAC